AUGAGUCACAUCCCCGAAGGCUUUAAACACACAUCUAUUCAUCAUGUAUCCGUGGUUAAAGGAAGCACUCAAGGAGCGUACCGUUGUGAAAUUCUUGACCGAGAAUUCAUGUUCAGUGAUCAAAUCGAAACAGUUAUAAGCGGUCUAUAUGGUCAUGAUAUUGCAGAACACACACAUUUUUAUGUUGACCAUAAACGUGUUAAUCGCCAUUCAUUAUUAGACGAAUAUCAAGGAAAAGACGUCCACGUUUAUUAUGCUGAUCAUAUUCAUGAUCCGAACAGAAUCGGUUCAUUUUCUAUUCCUGUACUUGAACACCAUCAAACGCUACGACAUCAUCAAACGGGUGUUAUACAUUGA